CUCGACUCCGGCUGGACCGAAACAACUCUCGGGCCGGGACAGACUUCGAAGUCGAAGAGGAAGGACAUGAGGCGACAUCAGCGAUGAUCAGCCAUUGUAGAACUCCAUUAGCAAUGAAGAAAAAAUAUGGAACAAAUACCGACAGCGUGCUCGCUCUGGCUUUGGCAAAGCAACAUCGACCUCAUCGGCGCGAGACAUCGACAAAAUGGGCGCCAUCACACAACCUCCCGUACACACAAUUCCCGUGGUGGACAUCAGUCCCUUCUUGAAGUCUCCCUCAUCAGACGCUGCAGACCAAGUUGUGCGACAGAUGCGACAUGCAUGCCACACCUACGGUUUCUUCUACCUCGUCGGCCAUGGGGUAUCAGAAGAAGUUCGGCGCGGCCAUCUCGAUCGCGCCAAGCUCUUCUUCACACUAUCCGAAGAAGAGAAGAUGGAUGUUUGGAUCGGCAAGUGUAUGGGAAAAUCUCAUCGCGGUUAUGAGCCCUCUGGCAUCCAGACUCACAAGGAGGGGUUGAAACCCGACACGAAAGAGGCCUUCAUCAUCGGCCGUGAAGUACCGGCAGAUGAUCCCACUGCGGGCACAUUCUCCACUGGUCCCAACCUUUGGCCGAAGGCUCUUGCAGACGAGGACUUCAAGACUCCAAUUCUGAACUACCAAGCGGACAUGCUGGAGCUGUCUAAAGUACUUCUCAAAAUCCUGGCACGUGGACUGCCUGCUGAGUGGAGCGUCACUGAGGAGACUAUGCUCGAAUUCGCCGAAACACCCUCAAUGCCCAUGAGAUUACUCCACUAUGCACCGCAGCCGUUCAAAGAUCCAAGCCAAUUUGGAGUGGGUGACCACACCGACUAUGGUGGCAUCACCAUCCUCCUCGCGGAAGACAAUUCCAAGGGUCUAGAGGUGUGGUACCCACCCACAGAGACAUGGAUCGAGGUUCCCAUCAUUCCCGGAUCCUAUGUGAUCAACAUGGGAGAUAUGAUGCACCAUUGGACCAAUGGCUACUACAGGUCAGCACGGCACCGGGUGGUCAGCUGGAAUACAUCAGAGCCUCGGUACAGUGCUCCAUGGUUCUUGAAUGGAAAGCUGGACCUGCAGUGCGCGGCGCUUGAUGGUUCUGGAGCGAGUACAACUCCUGCUGAACAUAUCAUGGCGAGGCUCAUGGCUACUAUGGGGGAUCGGAGUGGUAAGAAACUAGCGGAGUAAUUUGUAGCCGGCCAAUUUGAAUGCUUUCCGG